AUGUAUAUUUAUAGGUAUGAUGAUACGAAUCCAGAAGCUGAGAAGAAGGAAUAUAUCGAUCAUAUCGAAGAAAUAAUUACGUACUCUAGUGAUUAUUUCCAAGAACUCUAUGAAUUAGCGGUGGAAUUGAUUCGCCGAGGUCAUGCAUACGUUGAUCACCUGACGCCUGAUGAGAUUAAAGAAUAUAGGGAGAAGAAGAUGAACAGUCCCUGGAGAGAUAGGCCGAUGGAGGAAUCUCUAAAAUUAUUCGAUGACAUGAAAAAGGAACUGAUUGAGGAAGGAAAAGCCACUUUGAGAAUGAAGCAGGACAUGAAGAGCGACAACUUCAAUAUGUAUGACUUAAUUGCUUAUCGUAUCAAGUUCACUCCUCAUCCACAUGCUGGAGACAAAUGGUGUAUUUAUCCAAGUUACGAUUUCACUCAUUGCAUUGUUGAUUCUCUGGAAAACAUAACUCAUUCGGUUGUAAUUACAAACAUGGAGGCAUCUGUAAUGGAGCUUGAUGCAAAGAAAUGGCCUGAUGCUCCUGCUGAUAAUGUGUCUUCAUUUUAUAAGGUCCCCUUCUCUAAGGUUGUGUACAUCGAAAAAUCUGAUUUUCGGAUGAAAGAUUCUAAAGAUUACUAUGGACUUGCUCCCGGGAAAUCUGUUCUCCUCAGGUAUGCAUUUCCCAUCAAGUGCAUUGAAGUGAUUUUAGGUGAUAAGAACGAUACUAUUGUCGAGAUUCACGCAGAGUAUGAUCCAUCAAAGAUGACCAAACCAAAGAAUCCUGCAGAACUCGAAGACAAGUGGCUUGAUGAUUUGAACCCAAACUCCAAAAUUGUUAUAUCAGAUGCCUAUGCUGUUCCUUCUCUCAAUGAUGCUGCAGUUGGAGACAGCUUUCAGUUUGAAAGAUUAGGCUACUUUGUGGUUGAUAAGGACUCGACACCCGGAAAGCUUGUGUUCAACCGGACGGUUACAUUGAGAGAUAGCUAUUCAAAGUGA